CGACUGUCACGAUAUUGACCCAGACUCUGUCUGGACGUUGAGCGAUCGACCAGGAUAUGGCACGUUGAUGGUUGGUGCUGAUAUGGUUUCAUAUCUUGAAAGGUCUAUAUCGACUGGAAGCCAGAUAAAUUGAUGGUUUGGCAGGUUUCGACUGUCUUGUCGAGCCCCAACUAGAUGGUUAAACGAGACUGACAGAAAACACUACAUGCCUUGUCGAGUGAAGGUGUAAAAGACAGUGAAAAUUUAUGUCUGGCCUGUCUAACCCAUGGUGCUCUGUUUACCCCAAGACCGAACGCGUCCUACAUAUUGUUCAAUCAACAAUAGCACCAAUAUGAAUGCGGAAACACUCACUAGUCAGGAGUGAUGCAUAUACCACCACCGCAGACAGCUUGUUUAUCGCAGCAGUCACUAUUCUUUUCGCAAUUCUCGUCACGUCCGCUACAGAGUGGUUCCCUUGCUGUGACAGACAUUAUAGAUGCUGUCAAUGCAACAAUUUGUUGAGGUGGUAUGAUCUACUGAGGACUCGAACGAUUUCUUUGAGAUGGGUGGGCGCUGGCUCCGCGAACGAGUGUAUAUUGUGAUGGGAUGAUGGGGAACUAUGGGGAAAAAGCAAGCGAGAGAAAAUAGAAUCCAUCAUCCAUGACUGUUGACAUUGGACUUCGAACCUUUGAGCUGCGUCGUUCAAUGUGCUAGCUUGACAUCUUCUAAUCUCAGUGCGCGCUGCUGUGUAUCAGAACGACCUCAAUUACAGUGUGUUGCAUAUCAAACUG